CCUACAAGAUGGAGUCCGUAAACAAAGCUGGACAUUUAAUGAGUCUCGCAGCUCUACAGCAAUAUGAUCCGUACAUAAAUAGACUUCUUGACUUGACGGGUCAGGUGGCACUGUACACGUUCAACUCCAAAGCAAACGAAUGGGAGAAAACCGACAUCGAAGGUACAUUGUUUGUGUAUGCCAGAUCAGCAUCUCCUUACCAUGGGUUCACCAUCAUGAAUCGCUUGAGCACAGAGAACCUGGUGGAGCCCAUCAAUAAAGACCUGGAGUUCCAGUUGCAGGAUCCCUUCCUCCUCUACAGGAAUGCCAACUUGGGAAUAUACAGUAUUUGGUUCUAUGAUAAGACAGACUGUCAGCGCAUAGCCCAGCUGAUGGUGAGGAUAGUGAAAGAGGAGGCUAUGCGGGCACAGCUGACAUCCCCCGAGCGAGCGAUGGUGGGCCGCACCAAUGGCUGUGUGGAGACAAGACCCAUAGACAUCCUGGAGCUUCUCAGCAAGGCCAAAGAGGAGUACAACAGGGGCCAGUCGGCCGACUCUGAUCCUCCAAGGGGCAUGAAUGCAGGCCAGAAGCAGGAUGCAGGGAAGAGCCCCACAGUGCCCCCAUCGGCCCAGGACAAGAGCACCACUCAUACAGUUGUGAAGCAGAUUACGGUGGAAGAGCUAUUUGGCACCCUGCCCAAAGACCCUGCUCCCACCGCACCACCACCCGCCAUUCCCCCAGCACAGAGCGCCCCCGACUCCUCCUCGUCCUUGUCCCAGCCCCCCAGUGAAGGCUUUAUGCACGGCCGAGCAUACGCACCAGCAGCCCCACCCAUGGAACCUCUGCUCACCCCCCGACUUGCCGCAGACCCCGGGGGGACCCACGACCGGCCGCUCAUCCCAGGACUGGUGUCUCUCCUCCAGCAUCCUCCUCCACCUACGACCACGAGCACCUCCAGGGAGCCCCAGCAGGUGACCUCCGUCUCCCCGCGGCUGGUGGCGCCCUCUACAGGCUCGGAUCCUCCAUUAGCGGCCCUGGGUCCACCCAAUGCACCACCAUCCGCCCCGCCAGCCUACAUGGGGACCCCCUCCAAGGCGGAUGGCCAUGGAAUAACGAUAGCCCCCCUGGCCCCCAGCUUCCUCUCCAACUCCCUGGUGACGCCACAGAGCUUCAGGGACCCCGUCCCCAAGCCCCCGGCGGCCUUUGGCAGCAUGCCCACCGUGCCUGUUCAGCCAAAUAAAGAAGUGGACAUGUUUGCACAAUCUCAGAGCUUGGUGAAAAACAUUCCUCAGGUCCCCUUGAAGUCAGGCCUGGUGGUGGCGGGGACAGAACUGUCCCUGCUCCUGUCACCAAGCGCAUUCCAGCAUUCUAUCUCCAAGACAACAGACUCGACCAGAGGCCAGGCUCCUCCCUCCUCUCCCCCAGCCAAUUUAGGAAGCACAGAGCAGCAUCCACCUCCACAUCCACCUCCACAUCCAGCGGCAGCAGGAGCCAUGCUCAGCAAGCACCAGCUCCAGGACACACUCGUACACCUCAUCAAGAACGACCCCAGUUUCCUCAGUGCAAUCCACGAGGCCUACAUGCAGAGCCUGUCCAAAGACCUCAACAACAUGAAGCUAUAGCCAUCGCAGCCCCCAGACUGAAACAAGGCCUGAAGGCAGGCAGUCACGGACAGAAGGAUUGAAAGAAAGAAGGCAAGAGGAGGGAGGGGGCGACAGCUUCAAUCCUGUCCAGGUCAGCCCAGGUGGAGCCCUCAUCAUGGUGGUCUAAAGAAGGGAAGUCUUAAUGUAAGGACGGAUGAGGGAGGGCAAAGGUGGUUCGACCAGAGUCUGGGUCACUGACUGGUCACUUUCUAACAUUAAUACACACACACACACACACACACACACACACACACACACACACCUAUGUACCUUCACACCAACAUACCUCUCCGCUUCACAGACCAUCCAGUUUAUAGGGACAUGGGCCACAUCAGAAGGAUUUGGGCCCUGUGUUGCCUUGGUAACACCAGUGGUUAUGCCUACUCUGAGGGCACUUAUGCCAGUUAAGUCACCAUAACCUCAAAUUAACAGUUUUGAGAGAGGUCCAGCAAAGAGCCGUUUCUCUUUGUGUGUUGUUGCACUGCUGCAUUCCUCCCACUUUCUAAACCAUGUUUUCCCUCUAAUGUUAUGAUUUCCCUCUUGAGUUUUUUUUGUUGUUGUCCUGAAACGCUUGGUCAUUCUCUAAUUCUACAUGUUUCUUUCUCAUUCGCUGGGUCCAUCCCAUUAUGUUAUCUCCCAUCAUCGACUUGUGCUUGUGGCCAAGUGCUUCGCUGGUGCCCUGCUUCCGUGCAGAAAGCAAUGAAAUUACCUUGCUGUCAGCCGGGGCACAACAACUUUUGGAGGACUUUUCCCAAUUCAGCAUCCCAAUUGAAAAUGAGAAAAUGACCUCUGAGUUGCGUUUUUGCGAGAUAUUGAAUUUAACUUUUAUUGUCAAUGACGUCUUGCAACAUCAUCACGGGCCCACAAGCACAAGGGAGGACGGGAGAUGACAUAUUGAAGAGGACCCUCUGUCUUCGGCAUCGGAUGUCUUGUGGCCUUCCUUACAUACUGUACGUAUAUCUUCUUCUCUGCACUCUGCUGCCAGCAUUCCCUUAAAGUGUGUUAGGGAACUUGUGCAAUAUAAAGCAAUGCAUCAUGGGAUUUUUUUGUAGUCCCUUGUACAAAAAAAGGGUAGUAAAUGGACUCUGUGUUGGUAUUUUUUUGUUUGUUUAUCUUUGUUAAAGAUUUAGGUAUAGAUGAGAUAUAGGCAUGAAUGAUGUUGUUUGAAUAUCGUGGCCAUUGACUGGCCGUGAAAUCUGCAGUAGUGAAAUACUGCACAACUCACAACUAACCACCAUCACUGCACUAGACCAGCAGAACUAGGGGAGGAUUGUUUACAAAAUGCCUGAAAAGGGGCUUUCGUAGUUGUUUUUAACUCCUUUAAAAGGGAAUUUGGGGGCUCAUGGUGCACCUUUCCCGUAUGAAUUUGUUGUCGUUUUAAGGUGACUCAUUUAAAUAUUUGUUUUGAUCUUCAACUUGUGAAAUUGGCCUCCUAUGUAUAGAUAAAUAUCUUCUAACAGGUACAUUUUUGAGAAUUGGUUGAUUUUAUUAGUUGGCUUAUUAGUACAUGUUGCAAAAAUUUUACAAUCACUAAAAGCACUGACUACUGCAGCUAUUGAGGAGGUCCAAUCAAUCAAGCACUUGACAUGCCAAAUUACCAUUGAACCUGAAUAGACGUCUACCAUUAUUCUGAGUUGUGGUCAACUCAUGUCUGUGAUUUUUUUUUUUUGUUGUGCAUAUAAAAGCAAAUUUUGAUCCCAUAUAUAAAAGGCCCGCAUCAUUUAAGGUUAUCAAUAGAAGUUUAGCGUGCAAUAUUGUAUUUGGCUGUUGGAGAUUUCAUGAAAAAAGGUAACCGUUCACAUCUGUCCAGCUCUACAGCUACAGAUAAAGAAUGAGAGGAGAAAAGAGGAGUUUUUUUUCUUCUUUUCGUUAAAGUGGUUGUACACUUGUAUGUAUACACACAAUUGUGCCAUAGAUAAAGUCUUUGCUGUAUGCCAUAGUGGUAAGCAUGAGCUUAAUCCUGAUUGUUGACCAAAUUGUGUUUCAAAACGAUGAUAAAUGAAUAGACAAACUUGUAAAAUUGGCAGCCCCUUCCAAUGCCCUGGUAGGCUAUGACCAGUCAAGUGGUCCUACCUCUCCAAAGUAACUUUUUUUUCCUCCAAUGAAAAGACAUUAAAAUGUUCUGAACAGGUCUGAUUUAUUUCAAAAUAUCCUAUGGUAAAGCAUUUUUCAAGAUAGCUGAUAUUUUUCGUAAGGGCUGAACAGCUUAUGUGCUUGUUGUGCCAUGUCACAUAUUUGGUUUGCAUUCGAUAUUCAUUAUGUACUCUGACUGCCCUUAAAAAGCACAGUUGACAUAGGCAACUCAUUACGUAUUCAACUGUGGAACAGUGGAAUGUUUCUUCCUCCUUUUGUGAAACUUGAAUGUCUUUCAAAUUAAAAAAAUACUGUACAAUGGCUCUAUGUGUUUACAAGUAUGUUUACUCAAGUGAAGUGCAUUUAGAGGGCCACAACGCGCUGUGUUAUGGCAAGACAUACAGUAUGCUUACGGCAUGUAAACUUAUGGAGCCAACCAUAUUACAACCUUUGUUUGACAAUAGCAAUUUCUGACUAUGAAGAACUGAAGAAAACUAUUCCAAUCAUGUCAAUAAAAAUCCAUAAAGCAUACUGUGUCCGUGUUGAGAAU